AUGAUUUUGCUUAAUCCCUCCUCAAGAAGAAAACCUUUAACUAAUCAUAGAUGCAUGAAUUGCCUUUAGUACGGGCAUUACACUUAUAACUGUAGAUCUGACACUUAAUAUUUCUUAAAUGGAGGUUAAAGUUCCCUUUCUUAAAGUAAUAAUCUAUUAGACAUAUCUUCUAAUAAGAGCUUAAAUAAUGGAUAUAACAAUUAAUAUAGGGAAAGAGACAGAGAUAAUAGAUAAAGUAAUAAAGAAAAUAUAGGGAUUCUUACUUCUUCGUCAUAUAUCAAUAAAUAAAGUUAAUUGAAUUCUUUAAAUCAAAGCUUUGAAGAUAUUCAUACUGCUAAAUAAGGAAAAGAAAACUUUGAAAACUUAAGCAAUAAUCAAAUUUUAUAAAAAAUGUAAUCUAUGGCUCAAAAUGCUUAAAAAAUAGCUGAUUUCUCUAAUGCAACACUAUAAGCUAUGCAAAACGAAUCUCAGCGUAUUAGUCCUGAAGAAGAAGAAGAAGAUUAGGAAGAAUAAGAAGAAUUAUUAGAGGAAGAAGAGGAAUAAGAAUAAGAGUAAGAAAAUUAAUGCAAAAAACGUAGUAGGUCUAACAGUUCUGUUUCAGAUCAGAUUUUAUCUCAAAUGGAUAAUAAUAAUGCUGGUUCUUUGAGUAUAAAUAAAGAAUAAUUAAAUAGUGUAAAUAAAGAUCAAUACAAUCAAGAUGAACAUAGCAUCCUCGAAUAAAAAUAGGAAUUAUAAAAUAAUGAGAACAAUGAUAAUAACAUAGAUAAUUGUUAAAAUUAAAAUGAUAAUUUUUUAAUAGAAUAGGAAUCUGUAUUAAAUCCACAAUAGCAAUAAGAAAUAAAUAAUGAAAAUUUAAUAGAAAAUGAUCAUCAGCUUUUGGAAGAAAAUGAAGAUUUAUUAGAGUGUGAAUAAAAGUGA